CGCAAACGCCGCAGCAAUGUGGGAAUCGACCGCCGUCAGCCGAAAGCCGUAGGCGGCAAGCCAGUUCCAGUAUCAUCAGCAGCAAAUGCUCCACUGCCGACGGUUCCGAAUUCCGGCCCCACGUUGUCCCUCUCCCCUUAAAACCUCCCCAAAACCCUUAAACCCCAGAAUUUACCCCAACCUCCACAUUCUGAAACUCUGGGCAACUGGAUAGUUGGCUGCGGGAAAAUAAAUUCAACUUGGGGCUUGUGCGGGUUUUCCAAUUGGGGGAUCCAACAGAUGAAUGCGGAGGAAGAUGGAGGAGCUCCCAAUAGGGAGCUCUACGCCGUGCUCCAAGUCUCCCCUGAAUCCACCACCGAAGAAAUCAAAAGGGCUUAUCGCAACUGGGCUCAGGUUUAUCACCCCGACAAGUACCAAGACGUUCAUAUGAAGGAGACAGCAACUGAGAACUUUCAAAGGAUAUGUCAAGCGUAUGAAGUGCUAUCAGAUGAGACUAAAAGGCAGAUAUAUGAUAUAUAUGGUUUGGAAGGUUUGAGUGCCGGUUUGGAACUUGCAACAAGGACCAAUAGAGUCGAAGAGUUAAAGGAAGAGCUCGAGAGAUUGCGGCAGAAGAAGGAAGAAGAAAAGAUGGCAGCACAGUUCAUACCUUCUGGAAUAGUUGUGACUAAUCUGUCCUUGCCCCAGGUUCUGGAUGGUGAUGGCAUCAUGGCUGGAAUGGCUAUGUCUAGUCAAGUUAAUACUAGAUUGUCAAAGCAUACGAAUUUUGCAAUGGGUGGAAAUUUGGAAGUUAAUAACCAUGGUGCUGGUACAGCUGCUUCAACUGUACUUCGACAUCAGCUUUCUUCUGUUCAGUCGAUGGAAUUUCUUGCUCAAGUUGGUUUACAAUCGCUUAUUGGUGUACAAACAACUCGCUAUGUAUCUUCACAUUCAACCGCUACAAUUGGCAUCCGAAAGUCUUUGCAGGAUGGUUCAAUCAAUCUCUCUAAUACCUGGACUAGCCAGCUGUCUCCGACAACAAAUGGGAAUAUACAAUUUGUGCUGGGUGAUCAGUCAUCUGUUGCUGUCGGGUGGCAAAAGAAGGACGAUAAAAUGUCUGCAAGUGGAGAGUUGAAGGUUGGUACACGUUAUUUGGGGGCAUCUGCUCAUUAUGUUCAUCGCUAUUCCUCAGAAUCUCAUGCCCGUAUUGCUGGAAAGUACAACAGUACUACUCUUGAGGUUGAAGUUGGUGGUGGGAGGAAGAUAUCCGAUUUAACCACUGUCCGGAUGAUGUAUGUGAUUGGAAUUCAGGGCAUCUCUUGGAGAUUUGAAAUGCGCCGUGGGUCUCAAAAGUUAGUUAUUCCAGUAUUGCUUUCCACCUAUUUCGAUCCAGCGUUUGCAAUCGGAGCAUUUGUAGUUCCAACAUCUCUGUACUUACUGCUUGAGAAAUUUGUAGCUAAGCCUUAUUUACUUUGGAGGGAAAAGGGUAAAGCUUUAGAAGAUAAACAAAAAACUUCGGCACAGGUACGGGAGGCGAGAAUAUCCGCAGAGAAAUCUCAGCAAUUAUUACGAAUUGUGGCAGACAGGAAGAAGACCAAGCAAAUAGAAGCAAACGGGCUGCUCAUUGAUAGAGCAGUGUACGGAAGUCUGGAAGCAUUGCAAAAACAAGACGGGACAAUACCACAUGGCGACACAACAUCAGAAGAAUUCAUCAAUGUCACAGUUCCUCUAAAUUUCUUGGUCAAUGAUUCCGGGCAGCUGAAGCUUCACAAGGGCGUGAAGAAGUCGGGGAUAAUGGGAUUCUAUGAUCCUUCCCCUGGAGAACCAAAGCAGUUGCUUGUUGAAUACACUUACCGGGGCCAAAAGUUCAAGGUGAUUGUCGAUGAUUAUGACGAGUUGUUAAUCCCCCAGCAUGCUCAUUUAGUCUGA